AUGGUUUAUUCCCACGACAAAAACCAUGAGCAGGACACCAUCGUCACAGUCGGGUAUGUCAUGGGCAGUAUAACAAUUUUGGUUGUGCUCACCAGAUUUGGGCUCCAGCUGCUGCAUCCCAGGAAGUUGAUGGUGGCAGAUGGCUUUGUGCUCGCUGCUUUUGCCUGCUAUCUUUGCAUGUGCGGGCUGUACAUCAGCAUCUCGCCUUAUAUGAGGCGGCUCUAUAGGGUCUCCGAAGGGAAGAUACCGCCUUACCCUGAACUAUCAGACGAAGUCGAACAUGUAUCGAAGAUGAUCCUCGCUGCUCCCUGCAUGUUUUGGAUGACGCUCUGGUGCAUCAAAGCUGCGUUCCUUCUUCUGUAUAGGAAGCUGUUAGCUUGUGUUCCUACAAUUUAUACCGUUAUUUGGUGGGCGAUUGUUUGUAUUUGUGUGAUGACUCAUAUCGGGAACUAUGCUUUGUACUUCAGAUCCUGUGGCCCGUCAAUAUCAGGAUUCUGGACUGGAGGAUGCGAGGGACCCAGCAGAAAAGUUGCUCAACUUGCAAGCCUUUACUACUCCUUCGCGGCAGAUACAAGCACAAACAUCAUGAUCAUGGCGCUUCCCAUGCGGCUUACCUACGAUCUGCACAUGCGUCGCACUAAGAAAGCCGCCAUCUUUCUCCUCUUCGCCAGCGGCGUUGUCUGCAUCACAGUAGCCACCCUGCGCGUCGCCCAAGUCGCCGCAAACGAGGCGCAAGGCGACAAAACAAGCAGCCUUGACCCCGCCUGGCUUGGGAUCUGGGGCAUAGUGGAGUGUUCCAUCGCCAUUAUUAUCGGUUGCUGCCCCGCAUUUGCAGGCCAUUUUAAUGCCUUCCGCAAUAAACAUGUCUCUCACGAUACUCAUGGUUAUCGCCAACAGCCUUUGAGUAGAUCGGGGAAGGGCGAGGACAUCCACGUCCAGACUAUCGGGAGCAUGCCGGUGCGGAACCCGAACUCGGGGAUGGGACUUGACGAUACAGAUCUAAGCUGGGUUGGUAUACACAAUAGCCAGGAGGAACUCACGACAACCCAUGGUGAGAUCGCGAUAUCGAAAACGGUUGAUCAGACUGCAGCAGCGAGUCGAAAAGAUAGCACGGUUUGA